CGGUGAAGUUUAGGAAUCCCGUCAGAGCGCCGGAAGUGCGGUGACAGAUGGAGCUCGUGUGUCAUUUUACACAACGCCCCCAGCUCGUGAGCGCAGACUGCGACUGGCACGAACUUUUCUCUUUAACUUAACUCUGCUUCUUUCUUGCUACUGUUUUACUUUGACCUUACACGACUACAUAAUGUAUCGCUAAAUGUUUCUUCGUUUGAGCCAUGUACAGAUCGCUAUGUAUCGUGUUUGUGAUGGUUCAUUUAUCGUUUUGUAUAAAGAUCACCCGACAGGACUUUCACAAAGCCAGAGAGGAACAAUGCUGUUGUGGUGCUGAGCGAUGUGUGUCUCAUCUCAGACUCCAUACAGCUCCAAACCAAAAGGAUGUAUGUGUCCGUGUUCGGCUUUGUGCAGUUCUACUGUUGGGUAAUGAAACACUGAAGAUAAACUUCAGAAAUGUAGAAGCUGCUGACGCCUACACGGUUCACAUCUGGAAACGAAACCAUACAAUUUUGUGGAACAGCACAAAUGAUGAGCAGUUCUGUCAGCCUCAUAAGGCUAAACUUCAGAUACGUGAUAAAACAACCAGUCAGACCUGUUGGAUUGUGCGCUAUGUUUCCGGUUUCCUGACCCAGCCCGGCCAGAAGGUCAACGUGUCUGUUUACAGACAGAAUGAGAUGCUCACAAGUGCCGAGCACAUCACCCCAGAUCCAGUGCCUAAAGCCAACAUUACAGUGGAUAACCUUGCUAAACACUUCACUGUCCGGCUCAAAGCAGACAGAACUUUAAAGAUCAGCCUGUGCUACAAUCAUUCAAACCCAGAGUGUGAGGAGUUAACCUAUUUUGGUCUGAUUGAUCCACAGGUGAAUCAGACAGUCAAUCUGAGCUUCCCCUACCUGUUGCCAUGUGUUUGUGUACAGUUGUGGUAUACAGGAAUUGACACCAAAAGAAACGCACAGUGCCCCUUAAAAGAUACAGCACUGCCACAUGGAGGUGAUAUCUUAUCCUCUAGCUCAGCAAGAGUACUUGGCUCUGUUCUGCAUUGGGAACCUGUCUGCCGCUCUGACCAAUCAAAUCCUACUGUGUCUCUAUGCUGGCUUAUCCAUGAGAAGAGCACUCCGUGUGUCCCUGCCUCCAAUGCUGCCCUCUUUGGGACAAACCGGAAAUAUAAUGUAUCUGCUGUGGAUAAACACCCUCAGAUGUGUGUAAAGUUUUCCCUAAAUGGCAGCUAUAAAAUCUUCUGUCCAUUUGAGUCAGAGGAUGGAUCUGAAUGGAGUGCCACGGUUGUCCCCGGAUCUCUGCAUUUGCGUGUGCAGCUGACAUCUAACAUUGCGGCUUCUUUUGCUGCUCAACUGUGUGUCACAGAGAGAGGGACGUGUGUGCCUCAGGGAGAUGUCUUCACACAUCACGUGGAUGGUGAUGGCAGAAAGGCUGAACUGAGCGUGCCGUUUUCUUUCCUCUCAUCAGGACUGUGUGUUCAGGUGUGGCACUUAGAUCUCCAGGGAAGACGAAUCAUUUGCCCUGAUUACACACACAGACGUUGGGGUCUCAUCAUUGGCACUGUAUUGUCUCUUCUGGCAGUAAUGACGGUACUGUUCUGCACUGCAUGCUAUGUGGUCAAAAGAACAAUGUCAGUGUGGCGCUGUGCUAAAAGAAGACCCAUUCUGCUGGUAUGCUCAUCUGAUGAUACAGCCCACAUUACAGCUGUGUGCUCCUUGGCCUUCGGCCUGCAGGAGGAUCUCUCCGUGGACAUCAGGCUGGCACAGUGGGCGCAUUGUCGCUCUCAGUCCUCUCUGACUCAGCUGGGACCCCAGCCGUGGCUAUACGGUCAGUGUCGGGCUGUGCAGAAGGCUGGGGGCAUCGUCCUGAUCGCAUGGAGUCUUGACGCUUACCAUGCUUAUCUGAGAUGGAAGAAGAGCCAUUCAAUCAUAAAGAGUAAAGGGAUUUCAAAGGUCUGCAAUACCGGGAUAUAUGGUGAAGUUGAGGGUUGGUGCGAAGAGAAAGAGAAGAUGUGCUAUGAUGAAGAAUGGCUGAAAAAGCUAAGAAGUUCAUCUUCUAUCACCGCUCCUGUUUUAAAUGCCGCCCUCUCUUGUCUGUGGACAGGAAUACACAGCGAUUCUCAUGGUCAAGGAUUUGGUUUGGUUUGCUUUCAGGGUCUUAACAGCAGCAGUCACAUCCCAAAACACCUCAGUUGUGUUCAAAAGUACCAUCUCCCCAGAGACUUGGCCUCUUUAAUACAUGACCUGGAUGGCUCAAGGGAUGGCAUUGAUAAAAGCAGGGGAAACAGGCAGUGCUGGUCACGUUUUUUUUCGAAAGGUCUGUCUUUCUUUGCGUCACGUCAGCUCGCGUCGAGACUGGAGGUAAAGCUUCCUGUAACAGACGGGUACAACUCGAAACAGCUUCCAGAGUUCUCACAGAAAAAAAAGCGAAAGAAGUUUAAACGAAAGAGGCGUGAAAGUAAAGUGUUGGUAUCGAUAUUGUCUACAAAGAAGUCUUUGAAGAAAAGCGGUGCAGCAGAGCUACUGGGAGCACAUCUAUUACUCUGACAAACAGACACGUGUUGAGUCCUUUGAGUAAUGUAAAUGCUGUAUACCCCCGGGGUCAUGUACAGUAGUUACAGUGUUGGUCCAACAGGAGGCAGCAACAUCACAUUACAUUCAGGGUUUUUAACCUGAAAUAUUAACCACGGUGCUCAAUGUGGGCUCUGGGCAUUUGAUUGCUGAAGGCAAGGAUUGUUUAGAGAAUCAGAGGAUUUUUUAAACUGUAUGUAAAUAUAUUAUAUUUUUGUAUAAAGCAUCAGUGGACUGUGUACUGUAAAACAGAAGUGACGAAACAGUUACUUAAGGGAAACCAAGAGACUAUUUUAUGACUUUGAGGUUCAGAUAAUUCAGUCUAACCCAUUUCUUAGCCAUGUGCAAUACCUUACAAAAUAAUUCACUGUUUACUCUUGUCUUAUAGACCCUUUACCAGUGACAGCCAGUGACUUCUUUUUGGAGGGCACACGAUUCGAAGGUCGUCAAAACAUGUAUUUGGCCCGUCAUGAGUAUGGCUCGCCAUAUCAAAAUAUGUGUUAGUUGUGUCAUGUGAACCUAUGUCCAUCACAUGUUUUGUCAAAAUAUGUGCCUGCUGCGCACGCGUCUAAAGGGUUUAUGAUAAAACAGACGCACACGUUUGCCAGAUACUGGCUUAAUCUCAUGUGUAAUUAAAGUUUAGUGUUAAGUUUGUGUCUUUCGAGUAUUUUGUGAACGUGAGCAUCUCUUUCAUCAUAAACCUUUUGACGCGUAUGCAGCAGGCACAUAUUUUGACAUAUUAUGACGCAUGAUGAACAUGGUUGGCAUUACGCAAUGAACACACAUUUUGAAUUCACGCCCCUCAGAAGAGAAGUCACCAACAAACAUUUUUUACAGUUUUGUAUAAUAUAGAUUGUACAAAAGAUUGAACUAGACAUGCUUACUUAUUAGCUCUGUAAAGUCUGUUUGUAAUCAGACAAUUACUUUUACAGGUAGUAUUGCUUAUAUACAUGUUGUACAAAAUUUUAAUGAUUAUAACUAAUUGCAGAGAUGAAUACAGAAAUGUAUUUUUACAGUCAGUAUAAUUAUUGCAGAUCAUUUGUGCUGUAUCUACUGUCUUUACUGCAAUGUAUUAACUGUAAAGCUGCUUUGCAACAAUGCAAAA